CCCCCCCACCCCCCACCCCUCUCUCUCCUUCCCGCCAGCCAUGAUCCGUGGCGGGAUAAUUCCCAGACGGUCUCCUUCUCCCUCCUCCUCUUCCUCUCCUCCUCCUCCUCCGCCUCCUCGCGGGCCCGAGCACCACGAGUCCACCGCGCAGCGCUAACUGCUCUCCAACGUCUUCUAAGCCUACGUGAGUGAGUGUGAGGUUAUGUCGGGCAUGACCAGCGGUGUGUGCGUGGAGAGUGACCUCUCCUCCAUGCUCCAGCGAAGCUCUGCCUCCUCCCACCAUCACCCAGCUCACCACAGCUAUGAUGGACAGGGACAGGUAUCGAGUCUCGCCCCCAUGCUGGACUACACCACGGAGAUGGACCGUUACCGCUCCUCCAUCGCUAACUUCUACAAAACUAAUGUCAACAUGAACGUCUCCAACUUCCCAGAGUCCUCCAAACUGGCUGCUCGUUUGGCGGCCGCCGCCCCCAUUUUCCCCCCGACCGCAGCCAGGCUGGGCGCAAUGGCAACAGCACCUUGGGGUUGCCAUGACAACAUGAACCACCCAGCAGCCAUGUUUUGGGGCAGACCCAAACCUGUAGCAGCAACUGCAACACAUCACCACCUCCACCACCACCCCUCCCCAACAACAGCCGGUCACAUGACCUCCUCGCACCCUCAUGGGACCAGCAUGCAACAGGGCAGUGAGGGGCCAGGACGGGGGGGGGGAGGAGGUGGAGGGAGCAGCAACGAGGGAGAAGCUGAAAAACACGGACACACUGCCACCUCACUUCCUGUCACACAGGAGGCGGUUCACCAUAACCCCAUGGCACCGAGCAAUGGGAACUUCCUCCCUGGAUAUGGCGGCGGGGCAGACUGUGGGGUCAUGAACAAACAAAGACACGCCCACCCAGAUAUGAUGGGCCUAUCAGAGGGCGGAAGCUGCAGCGGGGGCGGUGUGAUGGGCGGGAGUUUCCUUGGGGGGCUGGGACUGCCCCCUGGGGUCAUCGUCAUGGCCAUGGGGUCAGCGUCAGGUGGGAUCUCAGACACGGGCAGCGCCUUCCAGAUGACGGGCAGCCAGCGGGUGUUAACGGACUGUCAGCAGCACGCCAGCUCCUCCCCCUGCCCUUCAUCCUCAUCACCCUCGUCGUCAGGGGUGACAGGAGGAGCCGUGGCUUCAUCGUCCUCCUCGUCGUCGUCGGGGGCAGUGGCAAAGAGGAAGAGGAAGCGAUGCGGUGUGUGCGGGCCGUGCAGGCGACUGAUAAACUGUGGCGUUUGCUCAUCCUGCCGCAACCGCAAGACGGGUCACCAGAUCUGCAAAUUCAGGAAAUGUGAGGAGCUGAAGAAGAAACCGGGAGGAGGAGGAAGUGGAGCUCUGGAGCGUCCACCUUCCGUCCCCGCCGGCGAGACGUUUCGGUGGUUCUUCUAACUCUCUGCUGCCACCUGGAGGUCAGUCUGCACAUCACCACACAGAAGAACUGCUGGACGCCAUUCAGACACUUUUCUAAGAGGACGACAACUUUUUUACUGUGUGGAUGACAAACUACAAAAGCACCUCAACACGCAGGA